AUGCGGAAGGCUUUGGCAGCCAUCAUUCAGUGUUAUUUGGUUGGUUUUUGGGUUCUCACAGGACUCCGAACGCCAAAUGAAAAUAUUUUACGACGGCCUGACAAUCCAAAAACCAAUCAAUUAAUACGAAAAGUUAAAAGUCUGCCCAUCGAGUUACUAGAUACUGAACUUGAUUCUAAAUUAAAAAUAAAAUCAACUUAUAUUUGCUUAACUUUAUAUAUAAUUAGGAAUAUGACAUUCCGCCCCUUAUCCUCCAGCAUCAACUUUAUUUUUUCUUAUGGACGCCAUAUUGGAUUUUUGUGAGUAGAGCUCUCAUUCCGAUUCCAAAAAUGUAAAAUAUGUCAUACAUUUACACUGCAAAAAAAGGUAGACCUUGAAAUUAUCAGAUAGUCUUGAUAAAUAUGAUGAGAAGUUUAUAAUUUCUGGGUCCCAGUCAUUCGUUAAUCCAGGUCCAAAAGUCAAGAACGUUUCUUACGUCGUCCAAUCACAACACGCCCCUAAUCGACAGGUUUGGUAUAAAUUAAGGGGUCGGCUUCAUCCCUUUCUCCCUCAGUUCCGAGCUAGCAGCCGUCACGAGCAUACACUCGUGCGACUGCGAC